GGCCAGGUUCAGCUUGGCGGGGAAUUCCUCUCCCCCGCACACACUUUCAAGCGCAGGGAGGCGGCCGGGUCACAGAGCUCACGGGGCAUGAAUCAGCCUCCCCUCCAGGCUCCACGAAGGCGCGCUCCGCCCUGUCCCGUCUCUGAGGGCCGCUAACCCUACAAAAGCAGCGGCACCCACCGCACUGGGAUCCAGACCGCCCGGAGGUUGGACGCCGUGCACCCUCCUCCCCUCCUCUCGCCGGCACUGUCUGAAUCGGACACCAUGGACUCGGUUCGCCCCCUCUGGCUGAUGCUUCUGUCGCUGCUCCUCGUGGGAACUGCGCUGGGAGAUGCCCCGCAGGCGCCGCCAGGAAAUAACGCGGAGAUCUGCCUCCUGCCCCCGGACGACGGGCCCUGCCGGGCGCGGAUCCCCAGUUACUACUACGACAGGUACACGCAGAGCUGCCGCGAGUUCAUGUACGGCGGCUGCGAGGGCAAUGCCAACAAUUUUGAAACUUUGGAGGCCUGCAACGAAGCGUGCUGGAAGAUUGAGAAAGUUCCCAAAAUUUGCCGGUUAAAAGUGAAUAAGAAGCAGUGUGGGGAGCUCAGAGAACAGUAUUUCUUCAAUCUAAGUUCUAUGACAUGUGAAAAGUUCUUAUCUGGUGGGUGUCACAGCAAUGAGAACCGGUUCCCGGAUGAAGCUGCGUGUAUGGACUUCUGUGCACCAAAGAGAGCUCCAGCAUUUUGCUACAGCCCAAAAGAUGAGGGGCUGUGUUCUGCUAAUGUCACUCGCUAUUAUUUUAACCCAAGACACAAAGCCUGUGAGGUCUUCACCUAUACUGGCUGUGGAGGGAAUAACAAUAAUUUUGUCAACUUGAAGGACUGCAAACGCACUUGUGUAAAAGCCUUGAAGAAGGAAAAGAACAAGAAGAUGCCAAGACUUCUCUUUGCCAAUAGAAGACUGAAAAUUAAGAAGAAGCAACUUUAACCAGCUUCUUUUUUUUCCCUGUAUGUCAUCUUGUGGAUGUCCUUGUGGUUAUAUCUGAAGGACAACAUGGUAACACAGGCAAGCGAAUCAUGAGUGUUAUUCACCAGUUCUUACAUGUUACAUUUUUAUUUUUGUAUUUUUAAUACAUAAGUAGCUGCUAUUCAAAUGUGAAUCUAUCGUUUCAAAUAUGCUAUUCAACUAUUUUUUUAUGAGGUUAAAUUCUUGCUGUGUGUAAGAUAUAAAAGCAAAUAUGACUCACUCAGUUCUUGGGGUUGCCCUCCCUGAUUUCAGAAGAUGAUUGUAACUGAAAAACAUGAGACAAUAUACUCAUAUUUUUUAACAUAUAGGCUCAUAAAAAGGAGCAGCAAAUAUAUUUAAUUUUGGAUUUAAAAAUUAGAUUAUAUUUUAGGCCCAAGGAGGCAAAUUUGAAGAUUUACCAAUACUUCAAAAAAUGUUACAAAUGCUAGUAUGUAGAUCCUGCUAGCUUACUUCCAUUUCUGUUGUGUCAUUUAAAAGAUAAUAAAGUAACAUUUUUGACUGAAUUAAAAAGCUAGUACAUUAAUUAUAUCAGAAAUGUUCUCCUCGGAGGGGGAAAAUUCUCUCUGUUCAUCUAUCCAUCCAUCCCCACUCAGCAUAUGUUGUUAAAAUUUUUGUACUGUGUUUAUAUUAUAUCAGAGACAAUGCAUACAUUUAAUAAUUUAAAUUCCACUAAUAAAAUAUUUAUGAUAAAUAUGA